CCUCCUCCUUCUCAUCUUGUUCCUCUUGCCCCCUACCACAGCAAGUGUAGCUCAAGCCACACGGGCACGGAGCUUGCUGGGGUACCACAGGGCCACGGUGGCUCAGCGCCUGCGGCGUGGUGUGCUCUGGGCCACGGGAGAUUUCGCUGAGCGCCAGGGCACAUGUUGUCGGCGCAGUGGCUGCUGGUAGCUCAGUUGCUGAGCCAGUUGGGCUCGAGUAGUCUCCAGGGCGGCCCGCUUCUGCGGGGUCUUCGCGAUCACGGCGUCUGGUGGCAUCCGUCUAUCGACGUGGAGGACAUACCGGGAUGCGGCCGAGGUGUGGUUGCCAAGGAUAACAUCAAGAAAGGCACGGGCAUCAUGGCUUCUAGGCUCAUAUUCGGCCCGCAGUCUGUCUCCGUCGGGCUCAAGGCUUUCUUCGACCAGUUAAUCUCUUCCUCGGCGUCCGACCCAGACCUGGUGAACUGUACGCACGGCUGUCAGAUGGCCGCGUUGCUGGCAGUCGGCAUCGAGCACGAGGUCUUGGCCGAGCAGCUCUCCCCUGGCUCCUCCCCGAUAGGCCGAUAUGUGCUUGGCACCUGGCCUGUCCCGGCGGGCGACCCAGGUGGCUUGGUUUCUUUCGACGAUGACAUGGCCGAGGUCGUGAGUCGCCUUCCCACUGGGAAGGAGUACUAUCACCAGUUCUAUGGAUCCCUCCAUCUCGUGCGCAUGAUGCUGCAGCACAUGCCGACGGCGAUCAUGCCAGCCCAGGCAGAGCCCCAGAGAGUGGAGUUCUGGCAUGCAGUUCUGCGUCAGCGGAUCCACGGGCUGAAGGGCACAGAGGGUGAGGUAGUCGAUUGUAUCGCUGUCGGCCUGGACGUCCUGAACCACGUGGCGAACGACUCGGAGGGUGUUAUCGCAGUCAUGCCGAAGCCUGAAAGGUUCUCCGAGCCUCUCGGACCCCUCGCCCGCGAGUAUGUGGCGCAGCGCGACUACGCGGCAGGGGAGCAGAUCUUCAUCUCCUACGGUGACAUGGGCCACUUCGAGACGUUCCUGAGGUACGACUUCGUACCGCUGCCCCGCUGGCCUUACCGUGGACUCGCAUACGGCACCUUCAAUCCGGGUGACCGCCCUUCCUGGAAGGAAGCUGCGCUGUGGCGCAGGCUCUGCCCACCCGGCACUGGCAAGAACAUCUACUCGACCAGGGAGGCCGCCUCGUACCCCGAGGCCAGCUUGCUCUGCCUCCGCGCCUCGCUUUUCGCCUCGGAGGCCGCCGCCGCCCGCGCCGUGCGGGCGCGGUGGCUGCUGCCGUGGAAGCGGCAGCGGCUCUCCUGGUCGAUGGCGGAGCCGGCGCUCCACGGCUGGAUCUCGGUCGACUUGUACGUCUACAGGCUUUCGGUGGUAGGCUGUGGGAGCCUUCAGGGUUCUCGUGACUCCGUCCUUUUGGAGUGCACUGGCCCACGCUAGCGCCUCGUAGUCGAUGAGGAGGCGCCGAUGUGGCGUCGAUGUGGCGUCGAUUAGCGCCGACUGGCGUCGGUUAGCGUCGGUUAGCAUUAGCUCUGAGCGCCUGUACAUCUACAGGCGCUCAGAGCCCCGCAUCGUCGGGGCUGGGGGUGGUCGGGGGCCCAAGACGGAGUUGCCCCGGACUGGAGUUAUCCCAGGCAGUUCAAGCGUCCAACCCCUUCCGAGUCAUCGGGGAAGGUUUGCGGGCAGGGGUAACUCCUGGUUCGUGCAUCGGGGGCCCACGCCGGAGUUGCCCCAGGCCAGAGUUAUCCUGGAUAGUUCAGGCGUCCAAGGCUGGUCUCAGCUGCCAUGGUACGCCCGCUCUGAACGCAACCCGUACCGUGCUCAAAACGUGACACGCUGCGUGUAGGUUCGGCACGUGUUGGGCCACGUUUUGGCGAGCGUAUCGCGCCAGACCCGCGUUUUCAGUCUGCGUGUUGAGCUCCGUGUCAACACGCUACGGGCUGCGUGUUGCGUAUCGGGGCAGCUAAGCUACAGGCUCGUCCGCGAACACUGCCACGGCUGGCUCCAGCAGCUGCACCCAGCGGCCAGCACGGUGGCCGCGCCCGCCGCUGGCGCGGCUGCGGCGGUGGCGCCCGCGAGGGCGGAGCGGCGGAGGGUCUUGGCCAGCCUGCUGGAGGACGAGAGGGACCUGAUGGCCCGGUGCGUGGACGAGCUGGGCCGCCGCGUGAGGGUGCUGGAGCAGCUUCAGGGCUGCUGCGCAGCCGAGGGUGACACGCGCAUUCACGUCAUGUCCGACGGCGACGGGCGGUGACGGUGCUGGCCACAGUCCCAGACGCUUGAUCCGCGCAGAAGGUUUUCCUCGCGACUUGCUCCCCGAAGAUCCUGAUCGCUGGCGCGAGCUGUUUUGUGGUGCUGCCCCACGGCCAGCAUCCCAGGGCAAGGACGCGAUCCGCCAGCGGCAGCCAGCUGUUGCCGACGGCCAGGGCCGCUACGCUGGCAUGCGCUGGCGGCUGCCGCGCUCUUUAGCUCUGAGUGGCUCCUGCGGAUCCAACGGAGCGUGCUGCUUCGCCUCUCCGCCUACCAGAUUGUAUUUUUCCUGGGG